AUGGACGACGAGGAGCGCAAGGUGCACGAGGGUUUCAUGCGCGAAGCCAUCAAAAUGGCCGAGCUCGCCCUCGUCAGUGACGAAACGCCCGUCGGCUGCGUCUUUGUCCACGACGGUGUCAUCAUCGGCCGCGGCAUGAAUGAAACCAACCGCACGCUCAACGGGACCCGUCAUGCGGAAUUCGUGGCGCUGGCCGGCAUCCUGUCCAAGCAUCCCAUUUCGAUCCUCAAGGAGACGGAUCUGUACGUCACCGUGGAGCCGUGCGUCAUGUGUGCGAGCAUGUUGAGGCAGUAUGGCAUCCGCAAGGUGUAUUUCGGGUGCUGGAACGAGAGGUUUGGGGGCACGGGCGGUGUGCUGAAUAUUCACUCCGAUCCCAGCGUCGACAAGCCUUACCCUGUCCAUGGAGGCAUCUUCCGGGAGGAAGCCAUUCUCCUUCUGCGAAAAUUCUACGUUCAGGAGAACGAAAAGGCCCCCGAGCCGAAGCAGAAGCGGACGAGGGAGUUGAAGACGGAGAUCAACCCCAUGGACGUGCAUGCGCCCAAGUCGAUGAAGUCGGAAGCGGAGAAGGCCAAGAUGAAAGCCGAGAAGGUGCAAGUCAAUGGGACGGCAAACCGAACGGUAACGACCUGA